AUGAGUGAAAACGUAGAAGUUGUGCAUUUGAAGGAUCUGACCAUUGUUCGCCUGACCGGCAAGCUUACCAAGGCCGACUACGAGUCGUUCGUGCCUGAGGUUGAAAAGCAGAUUCAGGAAUUUGGCAAGCUUCGUCUGCUGGUCGAAUUGCACAACUUCCAAGGCUGGACCAUGGGUGCCCUGUGGGACGACAUAAAAUUUGAUACGAAGCAUUGGGGCGAUAUCAAACGCCUGGCGAUCGUAGGCGAAUCGAAAUGGGAAGAAGGUAUGGCUGUCUUCUGCAAGCCGUUUACUUCGGCAAAUGUGAAAUAUUUCGAUCACACGAAGCUGGAAGAUCUCUCCGCGAUGGUGGAAGAGAACCCGCAUGAUGUUCGGCAGUUCCUCGACGAACUGUAUCGUUCGGAGUCGCGCCGGGUCUUUGCGACCCUGGUGCGACUGUUGGGCGAUUUUGAUCUCGCUGAAGAAGCGAUGCACGAGGCAUUUACAUCCGCCUUUGAGAAGUGGCAGCAGGAAGGGAUUCCCAAGAAUCCACGUGCUUGGCUUGUCUCGACGGGGCGAUUCAAAGCGAUUGAUACGAUUCGUCGUCGCGUUCGUUUCGACGAAUCGUUAGAGGAUAUUUCUCGUCGGCUUGAUGACGAAAAAGAUCAGUUUGCUGCCAUCGAUGAUGAAAAUAUCGAGGACGAUCGUCUCCGUUUGACCUUUACUUGCUGCCACCCAGCGAUCUCGGCCAAUGCUCAAGUGGCUCUUACGCUCCGAGAAGUGUGUGGACUACGCACCGAAGAGAUUGCCAGCGCGUUUCUGACGACUCCUCCCACCAUUGCGCAGCGAAUCGUUCGUGGUAAGCAAAAGAUUCGAGAUGCUGGCAUUCCUUUCGAGAUUCCGACGGUUCCACAAAUGCCGCAGCGUCUCGAUUCCGUCCUUUCGGUCAUUUACCUG